CUCUCCUCUUUAACAUAUUUUACUCUCUUCAUGUUUUUCAACACCAAAGCUAUAUAAUAGUCGAAGUUUUGUAAUUAUCGUUAAAUAUACAAGUCCAUUGUCGCCAUAUCGUUGAAAUUAAAUUAUUUUCAAGAUGGCAUUGUUGGUGGGAAAUCUUACCAAAAGUAGUUUGAAGCUACUGGCUAACAAUGUUAUGAAACAGUUGAUGUUUAAUGCAUCAAGGCCAUUGUAUUCAGCAAACAGCAUGGGUAUAAAUGGCUACUUGAAUGCCAGAGAGUACGUGAAGUCUCAGUUCCAUAACAUUGAUCACAUGUUUUACAAUAAAAUGAAAGACUUUGUGGACAAGAAGGAAGAUUCUAUGAUCUUCACUGAAGAUUUGAAAACGAUGCUGCACAUUUGUGAAAAAAAGAUGGAAGAUUUGGAACUUUUGUAUAAAAUGUUGAUAAAAUACAAGUCUCAAAAUAACUUGAGGUUUGGUAGUUUCAUCUUUGGCACAGUUGUCAUGAGAUUGUUGUACCAUCUAGAUGAACCAGACUUUGCCUUAAAAGCAUUUAUGGAUCCGAAAUUAGAUGGUUUCUUUGACCAAAUUAUGACUCAUCAGUUGCUCAUGGAUUUAUUAUAUAAUCAUGGGCGAUACAACGAUGUCAUUGCAGUCUAUGACGUGACCAAGUCUAAAAAUAUUAAUGGCAUAGUUCAUCCUAAGAAUCCUUUCAUCUUAGUUAUGGCAGCUUGUUAUCAAGAGAAUACACCACAGAGCUUAAAAUAUGCAAAGGAUUUAUUUACGGAAGCACAAAACAGGGGUUACGAAUUUCCUAGAAGAUCAAUCACAUUUUUAGCUGCUUUAGCUCUCAAACAGAAAGAUGCAGUCACCGCUUUGGAAGUUGCAGCAUUAGCCAGAAAUGUCAGAUACAUCGACAUCAGAUGUGUUAAAGUCGUCGCCUUUACUCAUAUGGAACGUAUCGACGAAAUUAUGGUGUAUUUCCGUGAGUCUCUGCAAAAUGACUCGGAUACAAGGCGAAAACAAUGCUACUUCCACGAUACCAUCGAAGAGGUAGAAAAAUUCAUUGAACAUAAGAAAUUAGAUGAAAAUCAUGAUCUUGUAAAAAUGUUGAAACAGCUCAAACUUCACGAUUACGUUCAGACUGGUACUUUACAUGACCACAUUACGGCAACUAUUGAAAGUGUGAAAGUUGCUGGCAAACCUUGGCAACAAUCCUAUGGUCAAGAAAACUUGACACCCAACCGAUUCAAAGACAAAUUUAGGCAUCAAGAAAGAGAAAGAAGAGACGACAGAAUAUAUAGCGCAGGAUUAAGAGACCGAGCCUAAUCGUGACGUUGAAAACAUAGAAACUAUUAAUUGACAUGAUUCAAUUAUUUAUAAGGAUUUUAGAAUACCUGAAUUCUGUAGAAUGAGACUAUGAACUAAAAAUUUGUAAGUUAGAAAUGAAAACCAUCUUCUUUUUAUAAAA